UUGGGUAAAAUGUUAUUGUCAACAAAUCAAGUUUAUUGAUAUUAUGGCAUAUUUUCAUUAUCGAUGUGGGGAACGUAUCACUUUACAAAAUGAAAAUUGCACAGCAGUCAGAAAUGAAUCUGACUUUGAUCAUGGCAUGGUUUUAACUGCAGAACCAUUGAUGAAUGAUUUAUUGUUUGAGAUUAAAAUUGACAAAAAAGUGAAUUCCUGGACAGGAAACUUGGAAAUUGGUGUUACAGAUAUUGAGCCAUUGAAUUUGGAAUUUCCCCAUUGUGCAUCAAAACUAGACCAUGGAUCAUGGAUUAUGUGUGGAAAUUCAAUAGUUAAAGAUGGUUCAACAAUUGUAGAUCAUUAUGGUGUUGAUUUGGAUUCAUUAAACCAAGAUGAUAGAGUUGGUUUAGUUAAAACAUCAGAAGGUGAUUUAAUUUUUUAUGUGAAUGGUGAAUCUUUGGGUGUUGCUGCAGAGGGAUUACCACAGAUAGUGUAUGGGGUUGUUGAUUUGUAUGGGAAAUGUGUGCAAGUUACAAUAACUAGUCCCCUAUUGCGAGAGCAUAAUAAUGAUGAAUGCUUGAGUGGCAGUUCUGUUCUUGUAAUAGACAAUGACAUAUUAAAUGUUACUUUGGGAGGUGAUAUAAGUGAAUUGAGCUUAAGUAGUAGUAAUAGUCUGGAUAUCAGAAUGGAUAUGAACGUCAGUUUAACAUUGCCUGAAGAAGCACCACGACCUGACAAAUUAAAGUUCCACGAUAGAUGCGGAUCCUUAAUCAAGUUGUCGAACGGUCAAAGAACAGGGGAGCGUCGAAGACCGCUAGAUGAGUUCAACAAUGGUGUUGUGAUGACGCACCGACCGCUUAUAGAUGCGGAACUUUUUGAAAUUCGUAUAGACAGAUUAGUUGACAAAUGGAGCGGAAGCAUUGAAAUGGGAAUAACUACUCACAAUCCCUCGACAUUAGUAUUUCCGGCGACAAUGACGAAUAUGCGAAGCGGGACUAUUAUGAUGUCAGGUUGUGGGAUUUUAACUAAUGGCAAAGGAACAAGGAGAGAGUACGGCGAUUUCAAUUUAGAUGAACUUAGAGAAGGCGAUAGAGUAGGAAUGAUGCGGAAACCUGAUGGUAACCUGCAUUAUUUUAUAAAUGGUUUGGAUCAAGGUGUUGCUGCGGAGCGAGUACCAACCACCGUUUGGGGAGUUAUCGAUUUAUAUGGAAUGACUAUAAAGGUAUCAAUUGUGGAAAGAGAUGAGAGAGAGGAGCAGAACUUGAUGACCCGUCGCAAUACAAAAGAUCAACAUUUUACUCUUGCAGAGCCCCAUCCACCUACCGAUUACUACGAUAGAUUGACAUUCCAUCCAAAUUGUGGUACACAUGCUCAAGUUAUCAAUAACGGUCGUACCGCUCAUCGGCCUAACGCUGCUGAUGAUUUUAAUAAUGGCGUGGUACUUACAUCUAGGUCAAUAAAAGGUGGCGAAAUGUUUGAGGUGCGUUUAGAUAGAGUGGUAACUAAAUGGGCGGGUUCAAUAGAAAUUGGUGUUACCACACAUUCUCCAAAUGAUCUCGAAUUUCCAUUUACUAUGACGAACGUCAGAUCUGGGACUUGGAUGAUGACUGGUAGUGGAAUUAUGCAUAAUGGUACCACUGUAUUAGAACAGUAUGGUAUGAAUCUGGACAGAUUGCAAGUUGGUGAUAGGGUUGGUGUAGUAAGGAAAGAAAAUGGACUAUUGCAUUUCUUUGUGAACGGGGUGGAUCAGGGACCGGCCGCCUCUAAUGUGCCUGAGAAAGUUUUUGGAGUCAUUGAUUUAUAUGGACAGGCUGUUGAGGCGACUAUUGUCGAUAUUUUUGAUUAUGGAUCUCCAGAUACUAUAAAUUCUAGUCAUUCGAAUACGACCUUGUAUAGUGAUUUAAGGUUCCAUCAUAUACAUGGUCGAAAUGCAAUGAUAAUCAAUAAUGGGUUAACAGCCUGGAGGCCUCAACCACUUGCUGAAUUCAAUGAUGGUAUUGUUUUUUCUAGUCGGCCAUUAAGAGAAGGAGAAUUGUUUGAAAUAUCUUUGGAUAGUAUGGUGGACAGAUGGUCUGGAAGUAUCGAAUUAGGUGUGACAGCAGUGCGACCAGAUGAUAUAGAUUUACCAAGCACUGCAACAGAUUUGGCACGAGAUACAUGGAUGUUGAGUGGAUCGUCUGUGAUGGAAAAUGGGAUAACAAUAAAAAGCAAUUAUCCGUGCGAUCUGGAUAGAUUAGGCGCGGGAACGAGAAUCGGAGUUAUGCAAACUCCAGAGAAAAAUAUUGAAUUUUUCAAGGACGGAGUGACCCAAGGCAUUGCAUGCAUGGUAACACAUAGCAAUUUAUAUGCUGUAGUUGACUUGUAUGGACAAUGCGCUCAAGUUAGUAUUACAUGUGAAUCACCGAUUGUCCCAAUUCCAGCAAUUCAGAUGGAAAGUUGUCCAAGAUCAGAUACGUCGGCUUCAUUGCAAGCAGUUAGUGUAGUUCAGCCACAUAUAGAGACUGAUUUGCAUAGGUUUUCUGAUUAUCACUGUAAGGGCUUGACAUUAGCAGAAGGUGGACGAAUUGCUACGAGGUGUCGAGAUGUUUUCCAGGCAGUGGCAUACAGUGCAACAUCGUUAACGCACGAUGAAUUAUUUGAAAUUUCUAUUCAAACUAUAAUGGCUCACAUUGCUGGGUCAUUAAUCAUAGGUGUUACAGCUAUGGCUCCGAAUGGUAAUAUUCUAGGAUUGCCUCCAGAUUGUUGCUACUUGGCUGGAAACGAACUCCAUUACAAAAAUCAAAUAAUUCAGCAAUUUGCACCAUCUCUCUUAUGGCUCAGAGUUGGAGAUCGUGUUGGGAUAUUAAGAACGCACGAUGGAGGCAUCAAAGCUUUCAUCAAUGGAGAAGAAUUGUCGCUAAUUUUUCCCACCUUUCCUGAUAACUUAUACAUUUGUGUCGAUUUAAGAGGCUCUUGUUCCUCUGUUUCUGUUUUGAGUAGGAGAUUACCCUCUUCACCUCUCACUAGUAUUCGUUUGCAAGAUAGUUUAGAAAUAGUUUUGGAUCAAGAAACAGAAACUUGCGCUCCGCAAGAAGAAGCAACCAUUCCGGAGGAGUACCAAGAAGCAUUACCUCCUGUAAAGUAUGAAUUUCAUGAAAAUCACGGAAGGAACGUAGAAGUUGUCACUGAGAGAAAUGUUGCGAGACGUGUUGCUUCCUAUAACCAAGGUUUGGUAAUUGUGCAACCUUGUUUAACUAACAACCAAUCAAUGUAUGUCAUCAUUGAGCAAGUGGAUAAAAAGUGGCAAUCAUCCUUGUUAGUAGGUGUUGUUUGUGGUUUACCUGAACGUUUUAUUCUACCUGCGACAGCUUUGGCGUUUAAAGGUCCGUUUUGCAUUGUUGCUAGUGAUUGGAUUUCAUUAAAUGGAAUUAAGAGUCGAUCCAAUUAUGGUCAAAAAUUGAAUAAUCUUAAAGUCGGCGAUAAAGUAGGACUGAUGUUACUUGAGAGUGGUAUUCGAUUGAUCAUAAAUGAUUGCGUUGAAGAAAUUUUAACGUGGAUACCACCAACUGGUCAAAAUUGUUACGCAGUAUUUGAUAUGUAUGGUCAAUGUCAACAAAUAAAAAUUCUGAAUGAAAAUGAGGAAGUUAAACCUGUUAGAGGUGCAGGUUGUGAAAAAGCCGACUUAGAGUUGUGCGAGAAGGAGAGACCCGAUGCAAAUCUAUCUUUACCGAUUCCAUCAGUGAGUACAGCGUCUAUUGGCGGAGGAGCGAGUAGCCAAAGAAUCUCACCAAUAACUCCAAUUAAACAAUCUCCUUGCCAAUAUCAACAGGAUUGCAUCAAAUUCAAAAAGUCGCUUUUACUUCCAGACGAUUACUUUUUAUCAGAGGACCCAAUAUGCUAUUGCAAUAAUUGCUACAGGAUUAUAUCUCAGGAUGUAGAUUCUUUGAAGGAUGAAUCUUUAAUUGGAUGGGUUAAGUUUCCUUUGAAAAAUAUCCAAAAUAUACAAACAGAUAAAUGGCACACCGCGUAUUAUCCAACUAAACUUGGGACGAUUCGCGGAAUUCUCGAUAAAGGGCAGCUCCUAACAAAAGAACAAAUGUUGUAUUCCAACUUGAUUGGCCAACGAUACGAUGACGUCCACGUAGUAUUUAGUCCGUCCCUUCAGCAGAGUUUGGAGGAACCAUUCAGGUUGGAUUCGGGAAGAGAUGCUUUGGCCACAUUUCAGUUGCUGGUAAAACCUGGUGCGUAUUCAGUGGCCAGGGAUUGUCCAGAAUGGAGCACUAAAGAAACAGGUGCAAUUUCACUUCAUGCUCUUUUAUUGCAAUUGAAAAUGGAAUAGAUAUUUUACAAUUGUAUGC